AUGGCAUUUGAUGAUUCUAAGGGCCUUGCAAUUGCAUUGGAAGAGGCUAAAAAGGGAUUCGAAGAAGGUGGUGUUCCAAUCGGAGGUGCUUUAAUUAGUGAAGACGGGGUCAUCCUUGGUAGAGGACAUAAUAUGAGAUUCCAAAAGGGUUCCGCCAUUCUUCACGGUGAAAUGUCCGCACUUGAAAAUGCAGGCAGAUUAGAUGGAAAAGCCUACAAAAACUGUACUAUGUAUACCACAUUGUCUCCAUGUAACAUGUGCUCAGGUGCGUGCUUAUUGUAUGGCAUCAAAAGAGUCGUAUUGGGCGAGAACGUCAACUUUCAGGGUGCAGAAGAUUUACUCCGCUCUCAGGGCGUUGAAGUCGUCAACAUGAAUAACCAAGAUUGUAAAGACUUGAUGGCCAAGUUUAUCAAGGAAAGACCAGAAGACUGGUUUGAAGACAUUGGAGUCUAG